AUGCCCGCCUCCGCCGCCGAGCCGCAGGACGACGGCCUCGCCGUGACGCUGGACGCCGUGGUGGCCGACCCGCACCUGCACGCGCUGUUCCUGCAGCACCUGUCCGCCUCGGACCCCAAGGGCUUCGCGCGGCUGCUCUUCCUCGUGAGCGUCGAGGAGUUCAAGAAGGUCCCCAGCGAGGACAAACACUCUGUUUCUUCUUCUUCUCCCAGCGCCCCCGAUGAUGACGCCGCCGACUCCGACGACGACGCGCGCGCGCACCGCCGGCAGUACGCGAGCAAGAUCAUCGCCAAGUUCAUGCGGCCCGACGCCUUCCUGGACAUCACGUCCGAGAACCUGCGCAUCCUCAACAAGUCGGUCUGGAGCUUCGGCAAGCUGCUGAGCAACGACCUGAUGCUGUACUCGGGGCUGGCGGCCAAGUCCGACCUGUUCCAGGAUGCCGAGGUGGCCGUCAAGAGGGCGUUGCAGCCCAGCUUCCGGCAGUUCGCGGCCACGCCCGAGUUCGCGGCGCUCGUGGCCAGCUCCAGACUCACGUACGUGGACGCGGACGACAGCACGGACGAAGACCAGCAGCAGAUGGAGGAGGAGAAGAGCCCCGCCUCCGUGUCGGACGGCAGCGUGGGGGUGGCGUCGCCCUGCCGCGCGCCGUCCUCGGCGUCGUCUACGCCGCGGCAGAGUCGCGUCCGGAGACAGCGCACGGCCACGACGUUUCUGACGCUGGAGCGGGUGCUCGGCAACCGCAGAUUGUGCAGCGUCUUCUGGGUGUUUUUGUUCAAGGAGCGCACGCACGAGCAGCUGAGUCUGUGGAUGGACUUUAGGUACCACCUGCUGCCGGUGCUCGAGGACUUUAUCAACGCGACGCAGGAUGACAGCGAGGAGGAAGAUGGAAAGCAGGAGAACGACCAGCAACAUGACAGCGAGGAACGACAAGCUGGAGAACUCAUUGAGCAGCUGCUGGCGGUGGGCAGUCGCAUUGCUGCCAAGUACCUGACUGCGAGCGCGAGUACACGUGUCACUUUUGUCGGUGAUGCGGAGCAGGCGCUGCUGCGCGACUACGAGUUACGGGUGGCGUGUUGUCUGGAUGCUGGUAGCUUCUCUCUCGCGGACGCUGAGGUUCUGCUGCGAACGGUGGAGCGCAUUCAAUCGGUCAUUCAAGCCAACCUCAAGGUCAACCACUUCGUUCGCUUUAUGGGAAGCGAAUCGUUCAAGUCACUUGUGGCAUCCUAUCAAAGUCGCCUGCUGAGCCCGUCUGACAGCAGCAUGACUACGCUGCAGGAGUUGUUCCAGUGCAUGAAUGUGGCAUCGCACCAACCGCAGCGGGUGCGCAGUAAAUCCUUCACGCUACGGGAGCUCUUUCAAGGCCAGUUACGUGGUGAACCGCAGAGCAAGUCCCUCGUCAGCUCGGUGCUGAGUUUUCGGCUGGAUGUGAAUGACCGGUCGCGUCCUGAAAUCAUCAAGGAAGUUUUGCACACGCUGGCGGACCCGAACAACCGCAGCGAAAGCAGCAGUGACCUAUACCAUCAUCACGCCAUUCCGGAUCAUGUCGAGGCUUUCUUCCGUCCGGCAGGAGCGGAUGUGAUCCGCUCCACAACUCGUCCGGAUCCCUCGCUUUUUCACAUGACUAUUGGAAAUGCCGAGAAGGCGUUCUAUGGUGCCUGCCUCACACGAUACGUACCGCUGAACGACUCGAGCAAAUUGGGUCCGUUGGAACAAGUGCUGCAAGAGACCGAGGGCCUCGAAGUCUACGUUCCUGCUGGUCUGUGCAUCAUCAGCCGGUAUCCGAUUCUCGACACGCUUAAGCAGCGCCUUGACGCUCUACAUGCGGCCAUGCAGGACGAUGAGGCAUACCUCUCCGAUGUAAACUGGUUGCCCUCGGCAGCACAAAUGGCUGGAUUACUCUGCCCGUUCGACUUUGCUGCCGCCACAGCCACUGAGGACGCCGUGACUUCUCUCUCGGCACUCGACAAGUAUGUGGAUUUCAGCAUGGAAGAGCUGUUCAGCUGUCUCUCGGUCGAGCACGUGGUCGCUCUGGUGACGUGCAUGCUUCUUGAACGACAGAUCGUGCUAGUGAGCUCCAGAUAUUCGGUGCUUACGUCCGUGGGUGAAACAUUGAAGAGCUUGAUUGCCCCUCUGCAGUGGAGUCACGUGUUUGCCCCCAUCCUGCCAAAGAGUAUGAUCGAGUGCUUGCAAUGCCCCACUCCGUAUUUGUUCGGCGUGCACUCGAGCUAUCGGGCGGAGUUGCGCGAGAUGCUCGAGCGCGAAGGGUGUGGUGACGGCAUUGUCGUGGUGGAUCUGGAUGCAGACACGAUGAGCUCACCUGGCCGACCGCAGCUUCCAGAAUCUGUCCGUGGCCCGCUCUCCUCUCGCUUGCUGCAACUGCUCAAGCCAAAGGUGUACUUCAGCGACUUCGUGCCGAUGCUCAGCAGCAAGACAGAUGCAAUGCAGGCACGGCGGUUUCCGCAGGGCCAUGUGCGGACUUGCUUCCGUGAGGCGGUGGCAACUCUGCUUCGGACAGUCGAGGAGUUCCGCUUCGUGCUCUCCGACGAUUUUGACUACGUGGUGGUUUUUGACCGGAUCGCAUUCAUGCGCCGACUGCCACCUCGCGAGCAGUCCUUCUACCGCAGCUUCCUGGAAACCCAAGUUUUCUCGCACGAGAUUGCCUCGGUGGAUAUUUAG